AUGAGCAUGCACCAGGAGGAGCAGAAAGAGAAGAGGCAACGGACCAAUGAGUGGAACACGUUGGACCUGAUCCCUGUGUCCGCGGACAUCGCGAGGCGAGAGACGCACAAGAUGACAGCUGCAGGCCAAGCCAGGGCCAUCCAGGUCGCCAUGAACAUGCUUGGUGAGGACCCCUGGUCCAUCUCCUACGUCGAGUGCCACUGCACGGGCACGCGGAUAGGAGACGGCAUUGAGGCCGUCGGCUUAGGGUUUACGGUUUAG